AAAUGCCGUGUCAUUUCGCAGCGGGGUGUUUAAGAUAAACAAUGAUAAGUCUGCAGAUAGUGUCAGGAGCAGCGCCGCGGUUGUCGGCGAUGUUAAGUAACUCAGCACUAGCAUGUAGGUACCUAGUCAUCGCGUCGGCGUCGCCCAAUACUCACUCAAUUGUUUUGAUAAAACAUCGCGCGACGCUUUUGACAUUACUGAGUUGACAAGUUCCAAAAAUGUUUAACCCAGCGACAAAGCAAUACACUCAAACAAUGUUCAAGUGUUAACAGUGUUUAGUGAUCUGUUUAAUUUAUAAGAUAUGACGAACAAGCGUGUUUGUGUGAUCGGGGCCGGAAUAGCAGGGUUGUCAUCCGCGAGAUACUUAAAGGAGGAAGGAAUUAACUUUACGGUACUAGAAGCUACGCGAUAUGUGGGGGGCACGUGGAGAUAUGAUCCACGCGUUGGAACCGACGAAAAUGGACAACCUCUACACACCAGUAUGUAUAAACAUUUACGAACAAACCUACCAAAACCCACGAUGGAGUUGAGAAGUUUUCCGUUACCUGACAACCUACCUUCGUUCCCUACUUGGAAAGAUUUUUACCAUUACCUACAAGAUUACGCUGAACAUUUUGACAUUUUAAAACAUAUUCAGUUUCUACACAAUGUAGUCCUAGUAACAAGAGUCGAUGAUGUAUGGAAAGUGAAACAUGUGCACGUCCAAACUAACGAGACCUUUGAGGAAGAAUACGAUUACGUGAUCCUGGGCAACGGCCACUUCAGCAAACCCAACAUGCCGAACAAUCCCGGAGAAGAACUAUUUAAAGGCACAAUAAUUCACAGCCACGACUACAGAGAUCCUGAGCUGUACAGGAACCGUCGAGUGCUGAUAGUUGGAGCUGGACCUUCGGGCAUGGACAUCGGUAUGGAUGUAGGUGAAGUCAGCAGUCGCCUUGUACAUAGUCACCACUCUAAGAUCUUCUAUAGAACACCCUUCCCUGCACAUUUCGUCAAGAAACCAGACAUCAAAGAGUUUAAUGAAACCGGAGUCAUAUUUAAGGAUGACUCUUAUGAAGAGGUUGACGAUGUUAUUUACUGUACAGGUUUUCAAUACGACUACCCGUUCCUGGACGAGACUAGCGGCUUGAACCUGAACCCCAAGAGCGUGACGCCGCUGUACCGGUACAUGGUGAACAUCAACCAGCCUUCCAUGAUCGUCUUGGGGCUGGUGGUGAGAGCCUGCUUGGUGGUGGCUCUUGAUGCACAGGCUCGGUACACAACAGCUCUCAUAAAAGGCAACUUCACUCUCCCUCCACGUGAUCAGAUGAUGGAGGAAUGGCAGAAGAGGGCCGACACCAUUCGUUCAAAAGGACUUUCCAUGUCUUACAUUCACAUACUUGCUGAGAAAGAGGAUCAAUACUAUGCUGAUCUGACGGAGGAAUCUGGUAUCGAGAGAGUACCACCAGUCAUGUUCAAGAUCCGGACUCUGGACACAGAAGCCAAGCUAGAGAAUCUAUACACGUUUAGAAACUACGAGUACACUGUCCUCGACAAUUUUACGUUUACGCGGAAAUUGGAAGACCCCGCUGUGAGACGAAGGUUUAAUAUAUGGCAACCAAAAUCUGGUUAGAAUAUAUUUAUGGGAUAAAGAAAUACUAGCGUAUAAAGGCCUCAGUGCUGGGCCCUGGUCAAACCCCGUAUAUGGAAGCAUUUGGAAAUUAUGAAACCUACAUAAAUGAGCUUAGACUGUCUAUAAAAUAUUUUUUUUACAUUUACAAGCUUUUUGUAAAUAUUGAUCAAAUUUUGCUACGUCAUUUAUUUUUUAGUUAGAUCAAGUUAAGUACGCAGCUACAAAUUACAAGUUACCUAAUGAUUUUAAGAAGUACUAUAUCGUAAAGCAUUUUAUUGUAAGUUGAAUGUAUAAUAAUUUAUUUUUAAUGUUAUUCAUGGGAUAAAUGUACAAAAACCCAAAGUAACUGAUGUAAGUAGUUUAUUUGUACUUAUUAAUAAUAAUUCUUACAUAAUUGAUUAAUUGGUAACAGUCUAGUAAACGAAUACAAACAAA